AUGAUGGACUUCAAUGGUCACGUUGUGUCCUCAGAUGCAGCUGUGACUUCUAAAUCUGGCGUCAGGCUCCGUCGCUCUUGUGAAGCGUGUCGGAGUUCGAAAGGUCGCUGCAUCUCCUCUCCGGAUGAUCCUCAUCGAUGUCUAAGAUGUGUCAAAGAUGGCAAGCGAUGCGUCUUUCUUGAGGCUAAGCCCCGCCCAAAAAGAGCAAAGAAUUCUAGAAUGCGAGUUGCUGAGAUGGAAGAGAAGCUGGAGGGGUUGCUCGCUCUCGUGGCUGCCAAUGCGACCAAUCAGCCUGCGAAAGAAACACUAGCAACAGCAACCCAGCUACUAACAGCUCCGGAGAUGUCUUCCAUACUACGGCCUGAUACGAACCUCAUAGAUCUCAACUCGGCAUACGCUACUCCGUCUUCAUUGUCUAAUCAGUCCGAACAGAGCAUUCCUCAACAGCAGUCCAUGUUUGUGUAUCCUAUCUUCGACAACCUACAGGAUGCAAUAUCCAAAGGCUUCAUCAGUCUAGAUCAAGCCGACUAUGCAUUUGAGGUGUUCCGGCAAAGACAGAGAGUUUUUCCUUUCGUCGUUAUUCCCCCGAACAUGACGCUAGACUCACUACGGCGUCAACGGCCUUUUCUUUUCCUCGCCAUUCUUUGCUGCGCAACGGAACACAACUUCAAGCUCCAACAGCACAUCGAACUUGAGUUGAGGGAGAAUCUUAGCCGGCGGAUUCUUGUGAACGGCGAGAAAACCCUGGAUCUCUUACAAGGAGUGCUAGUUUACCUCACCUGGUAUCAUUUUUACUUCAAUCCAGAUCGGGAACAGAUGUACCAGCUUUCACAAAUAGCUAUUUCUAUGACCGUUGAUCUCGGAAUGGACAAGCCCACUCGCCAAGGACAAACGUGUUCGGGUACUUCCUCUCUCCUUCCUUUCAUGAGCCAAUCAAUGUUUUCAGCUGGUGAGAUUGAAGGGAUGCGAGCCUAUCUUGGAUGUUACUUCCUCACUUCAUCCAUAUGUCAAGGAUUAAGGAGGCCCAGCCACAUGAAAUACAACCAACAUAUCAAAAGCUGUGUUCAGCAUCUCUCUGAUGCAGCUAUUGCCGAUUCUGAUCAACUUAUUCCUUAUUUUAUUCGCUUACGACAGAUCUCUGAUGAAACGAAUCAAGCCUUUAAUCACGAUUUCACUCCACACCUCUCCCAACUUGAUUCCAUUCGAACCGAAAUUCUUGGUAGAGCAUUUGAACAGCAACUUGAUCACCUCGAGGGGACCUUUCCUAAAGAUAUCUGGGAUAAUUCACAAAUCAAGAUGAGCUUCCUCCAUCUGCGCAUCUACGUCAAUGAAGUCGGCUUUCACGCAUCUGCACCAUCAGAUUCAUCUGUACUAUCAGAUCUGGCCCUUUCGUCAUGGUAUCACUCGCCCGCCAGAAACGACUGUCUUUUGCGGUGUUUGCGAGCUUCCAAGUUGUAUUUGGACACAUUCCUCUCCCUCUCGGAUAGCGUGAUAUCGAGCAUGGUCACCGUGGACCUGCUACAGCUAGUUUACGCGGUUUUGGUACUUGGCACAUUCGCGAGCAGCAUCGAUGCUCCUUCUCUCGACCAAAACCAAGUACGCCAGUCAGCAAACCUAGACUAUUAUCUCCGUUCUAUCAGUGACAGGUAUGCUCGACUCAUCUGUAUCCAAGAUCCUUUAUCGAACAGCUAUAAACACCACAUGAAUACACUUUUCCAAACAUCAAAGGCAUGGUACCUACAGACGGUUACCGAUCCGUCACCCUCGGGCCCUCCAAGAUUUUUGUUUAACGAUAUUAUUGGUACGAUUACUGGAAGAUGUGCCGAAUUUACUGUUCCAGAACCAAUGUCUGAGAUGGACUCGGACAGUCAAUGGACUGAGCUGCUCUCAGAAUGGGCGUCUUCUGUGGAUCCAUCUGCAGUAUCUUUUGACGAGACUUUGUUAUGA